AUGAUAUGGAAUACCUACAAAUACAUACCACUACGAAGGCAGGGAAGACAAUAUUUAAUCACCACCAAUUAUCAUCUACAACAACUCCGAUUUAAAUCAUUUCGAACUAUUGAUUUAACUUUUGGGUCACAUAAUCACAAUAAUAUCCCCAAUAAAAGAAAUGAAAAGAUUUUCUUUUAUAAUUAUGAUAAUACCAGCAAAAUAAAAGCCCUUGAUCGGCAGUUCAAAAUCUUAAAUAAAUCCCAAACCAAAAUUCUUGAACUUGGAUUUAUCCCCAGUAAUUGGUUAAUAUAUAUUCGUGAUACCAUGGCCAAACUUCAUAAUAUAUCUGAUCCGGGGAAAAUCCAUCAAAAAUGUCAUAUUUUAGGAUUUGAUAUUUUAUUUGGAUCACCACCCAUCGGAGUAUCAAGUAUUCAAGGUAAUAUUUUUUCAAAAUUGGCUCAUAAAAAUAUCAUUAAUCAUUUUAAAGAAAUUUCUUGGACUCAAUUACGUGAUAAAAGACAAUUAGAACUGGAUAUUGAUCCAAAAUCAUAUUUUUCUCGAGAACAAGAUGAAUCAAUGAUAAUUGAUAAACAAAUUGAACGAAUUGAAGCUGGACUUAAAAAUAUUACCAUGUCAGAUAUAAAACGUCAACAAUUACUUGAUAAGAGAGAUUCUUUAUUACCGGAUUAUAGAAUUGAUUUAAUUUUAUCGGAUUUAUCUAAACCAGGUUAUCAACAAUCAGGAUUUUAUGAUCUUACAGAAACAAAUCCUUAUCAUCGAUAUAAUAAUAAUAAGGGGUUAAAUCAUUCAAUUUUACAACCAGGUAAAUCGAAUUUUGAAUUUUUAGAUGCUGCAUUGUUAUUGAGUUGUGAUUUAUUAAGACCUGGUGGGAAAUUUGUUGCUAGAUUAAAUGAAAUUGAUCCUUAUGAUCCAGAGAUGUAUUUGUUACAUGAGAAAUUAGAGAAAGUUUUCAAUGAUGUUCUUGAAAUACGGAAUUUUGGACAUACCACUGCUACCACUACUACCACUACUAUUACUACCAAUAAUAAUGACAAUGAUAUGAGUUUCCUGGUUCAACCACCAAUUGAAAAAUAUUAUAUUUGCAAUGAUAAAAAAAAUGAUGAUGAAUAUGACCUUUACGAUAUAUUUAAAUAUUAG